UUUUGGUGUCAUCACUACUAAAUAUCUUCUUGAAAAUAAAAACUUUAGUUUGUUUGUUGUCAAUUACAAUGCAGAUCUGUAAUGAAAUUUAAAAAAAGUUAUAAAUAUUGAAAAAAUGGCUUCAACAUCGGAUGAUGGAUUAGUGCUGAGCGGUUACCAGAAAAAACUGAAAACAAUGAAAAAAAAAUUUUUUGUUUUGUAUGAAAAAACGAACAAUUCAGCUGCACGUUUAGAAUAUUACGAUACAGAAAAAAAAUUUAUGCAAAAAGCUGAACCAAAACGAGUUAUUUAUUUAAGUAGCUGCUUUAAUAUAAAUCCACGUUUUGAUACAAAACAUAGGUUUGUUAUUGUAUUAUCCUCAAGAGAAGGCGGAUUUGGAAUUGUGCUCGAAUCUGAAAAUGAUUUACGUAAAUGGUUAGAAAAAUUAGUAUUCUUGCAACGCCAUCAGUCAAAUACAAAUGGUCAAAUGCAGUCAACAUAUGACCAUGUCUGGCAAGUUUUCAUUCAAAAAAAAGGAAUGUCAGAAAAAGUAGGAAUUACUGGAACCUAUCACUGCUGCCUAACCGCAAAAUCCCUAACACUCGUUUGCAUAGGUCCGGAAAAAACAACAAAUGGCGAUAAUCGAAUCUCUAGUAUUGAGAUUCUUUUGACAACAAUACGUCGAUGCGGACAUGCAUCUCCUCAAUGCAUUUUCUAUAUGGAACUUGGCCGUCAGAGUGUUUUGGGCUGUGGUGAAUUAUGGAUGGAAACGGAUAAUGCUGCUGUCGCUACCAAUAUGCAUAAUAUAAUAUUGAGCGCUAUGUCAGCAAAAACUGAGACUAACAUGAACUUUUUAAAUGUUUAUCAAGGAAGACCUGAUAUUAGUCAUGAACCAAUGAGAAAACGUUCAUCAUCGGCAAACGAAUCCUCCAAACCAAUGAACGUUAUACAAAAUCGUCAAAGUGCUGUCGAAUUGCGGAAUAGUAGUUCCUUACAUAAUAACACUUAUGGAAGAGAACGGUGUGAUAGUUUACCAACAAGAAAUCGAACCUUAAGCGACUGCAGCAAUCAACUAAACCUUGGAUCAAAUCAUGGUUUCCGAUCUAACACGAUUUCUGGGAACCGUCCACACACAACCAACAAACCUAAUAAUAGUCCACCGCUUAAUACACCAUUACGAUGCUCGGAAUCUGAAGAAUCAUCAGUUAGUGUCGACGAAUCCGAUGAUAACGGAAGUUUUACCCCUUAUCGACGAAACACCCGGUCUUCCAAAGGAGUUAUUCCCGAAGAAAAUGUUGACGAUUUUGCAAAUGCUGAGUUGAGUUCAACAACUGUAAAAAAUGAAAGAGUUGAUAACUAUAUUCCGAUGACUCCUAUUAAGCCCAUAAGUGAUACUGCUCAUGAAAUAUUGCAGUCUAAUCAUAUUUUGUUGAAAAGUGCUGGCGCUGAAGAAUUAAAUUUUAAUUUUCCUGAGCAUACAUCCGAAAAACUUAUUAAAGAUCUUGAUAUAGAUUCGGACAAUCAGUUUGAUCGUCCUAUUCGUGCUUACUCAAUAGGAAAUAAAGUUGAGCACUCAAAACUUAAACGCAUUGGAUACAUAAAUGAUACUGGAAAGAACUCACAUCGUGUUCGAGCUUAUUCGGUUGGGUCAAAGUCCAAAAUACCUCGAUGUGAUUUGCAACGUAUUGUACUUGUAGAAAAGGAUAAAAACAAAUCUGGAACAAACGGGAGCCAUAACAAUAUAUUUAUAGACGAUUCUAUUUUAAAUGAAGUCAUUCGUUCUAAUACAAUCCGAGAAAAAAAAUCAACAAGUGCUCCUCUGUUAAGCCUUAAGCAUCAAAUAAACACUGAUCGUAUGAGUGAUUUGAUGGAAAUUGAUUUUUCACAAACAGCGAAUUGGGAAAAAAAACAGCUCAUUAAAAACAAUGACAUUCCCAAAAAUAUUGAAAAUGUAUUUCCAAAAUACAUUCGAAACACUACCUUUCGAUCGGAUUUAAAUGUUACUACGGAUCAAAACGUUUUUGGGAGAAAUCAAAUAAAUAAUGGCCUACAUGGCCUAUCAGAUGGUGGAUACUUGGAAAUGAAACCUGUUGGUAAAGCUUACUGCGAGUCAAGUGUGUCUUCCCUUCCAAAUAAAAUGGAAAAGCUCAAGCUAAAAGACUAUUCGGAAACACAUAUGCAGGCUUUUAUUGAUACGAGGAAAACAGAUGAACCAUCCGUAAUUGUUGAAGAAUUGCAGAACUCUAGUUUAAAUGAAAUUGGUUGUAAAACUAUGGAAUUGACCUCUUCUGACAGUAACGAGAAUCUUGGUUUAAUACGACAACGAACAUACAUGAGUCAAGAAAUUGAAAGCAACAAGAAAAAAAAAGCAGAAGACGGCACUAUAGACCCAAGCUACCCAGUCUUAGAUAAAAAGAAAUUAGUACAUUCAAUAAGCAAUGAAGAUUAUACCCAAGUUACAGGAAACAUCAGUCAUUUUGCUAAAUAUAACGAUUUUGGCUAUAAAAUUAUUCAAAUAAAAAGUGAUAGCUCACUAAUCUCAUUAAAGAACAAUCAAAAGGCCAUUCCUAGUGACGAUUCGGAGCCUAGACCAACAGAAAAUUGUAUUAUGCUAGCCGACAAUGUUCCCAGCUCAAGCACGAAAUGCAAUUUGCAGCUAAAAAUACCUGAUUUGAAAAGAAAUGAGGCCAGUAAAAUAUCCAGAUUUCUUCCAAUUAAAAAUUUAAAUAUCCCAUCGGGUCAUCCUUCACGCAUAUCCCAGCCUGAACUUUACUACGCAAGUCUUGAUCUUCCCCAUUAUAGCGGAAAAAACGCUGGAGCCUUUCUCAAAAGAGGCUCAUGUGAAUCGCCGCCAGUUGCAUUGUCUUUAGAAGCAGGGAAUGCAUAUGCAAAAAUAGAUUUUGAUCAAUCAGACUGAUCUUCCUCCUCAUCGAACUUCUAUAAUAUUUAAAGUAAAUUGUUAACUAUGUGUAUAUAACAUUGUAAAUUUAUUGUACAUAUUUUUGGAAAAGCUUCAAAUUUUAUAUAAUAAACAAUAAAUUUUAAUUACAGUGUAAACGA